AUGCGACGGCUGGCGACGCUCCACCUUCUCUCUGCGAAGAAACUGCAGGAGAGCCUUUCCGUGCGAGAGGGGGAGGUUCGCGACAUGCUCGAUGCAAUCGCUGCUGACGUUGCUGCUGCAGAUGUGACUAAAACAAGUGCUACUACUUCUGUUAGUAGCCGUGAUGCUGCUGGUGCCGCGAAAUCUGCCGCCGCUGCAGAGGAGGGGAUCGAGGUGCGAAGGUAUUUGAAUCGCGCUACGCUGAACAAUAUUCUCCGCCUUGCUGUCGGGAAGCGCUUCGGCUAUUCGUCAAUUCGCGGCGCGGCCGGCACCACGCCAAAGGCACUUCUCGACGCCGCGAUGCGCAUCGACUGGAACGAACGCAUCGCCGCAAUGAACGGGGCCCUCGGCACUGCUGCCGCGGCUGCCGUACCUCCAGAUACGGGGUCUGAGGCUUCGGUGGCAGCGGAAGAAGAUAAUUCGAAGUUACUAUCUCCUCUGACAGAGAACGUGGCGGGAGAUAACUCGUCGCCUUUGUCAGAGAAGACGGAAGGCGAAGUGGCUUUUGCGAUUAUCGAGGAGGGUUUCGCAGUUGCAGGAGCAUUCAAUAUCGCGGAUUACGUCCCUUUUCUGAGCUACUUGGACCCGCAGCGCAUGUACGCACGCGCGCAGCGCCUCGCGCCGCAGCUGCACGGCUUCAUGCGCGCGUGCAUCGAGGAGCGACGGCGGAUCGUGCUGAAGAAGGGAUGUUCCUCAAACGAAGGGAACGAGACGGCACUCGUUGACGUGUUGUUCGAGAUUGAAGGGGAGGGAGAGGAUGAGAUGGAUAAAGACGAGAUGCUGAUGCUCGCAGUUGACAUGAUGAUGGCCGGGACUGAUACCACUUCUAAGAUCGUGGAAUGGGCGCUUGCUGAGCUGGCGCAGCACCCUGACAUGCUGGAAAGGCUUCGAGCUGAGGUGGAUGAGUAUGCCAGCGUAACACUGGGUGGUUACCACAUCCCUCCCAACACCAUGAUCCAGAUCAAUGCUUGGGCUCUUGCACACGAUCCAACGGUCUGGAUCAACCCGCACGAAUUUGACCCCUCUAGGUUCCUUGAUCCUGCUGCUCCUGACGUGAGCGGGCAAAAUUUCAGCCUGCUGCCCUUUGGCUCGGGCAGGCGUGGAUGCCUCGGGACGAACCUGGGGUUGGAUCUGUCUGCCCGCCUGCUGGCGAAUUUCGUUCUGCGGUUUGAUUUCAAUCUGCCCGAAGAUGUUAGGGCAGCUGGAGGAGUGGACAUGACGGAAACUUUUGGGCUGACCAUGGCUCUUGCUAAGCCACUCAGGCUUGUGGUGAGGGAGAGAAAGCCAGUGGCAGGGACGGUGGUGACUGCUUCAGGAGCAUGA